GAGGAGAAAACGGGGUCACUUUAAAGGGGACAGGAAGCCAGAAGGGUCACUUUAAGGGGAAAGAGGAGGAGUCAGUUUAAAGAGGGGAACAGAAGGGAAUAAGGGGUCUGUGACAGGGGAUUCUUUGUGGGGUGGAAGUAAGGGACCUAUAAGCAGGAGAGGAGGGUCUAGACGAAGGACUGGGGGUCUCUAGCGGGUAGGUGAGGGGCCUCAGGACUAGAUCUUUGUGGCUCUUCAGGGGAGGGUCAGGGAGGAGGAGACACAUGCUGGAGGGACGCCCCCUGCUGUCACUAUGAGGUCCCUCCAGUUGCUGUUGCUGUUGCUCCCUAUCUGCACCUCCCCGCACCCCGCAGGCCGGACACAGAGCGGUGUAGACGAGUGUGCCCUGGGUACAGAUGACUGCCACAUCGACGCCAUAUGCCAGGACACGCCAACAUCAUACAAGUGUGUGUGCAAAGCCGGAUAUAAAGGGGAAGGCACCGCGUGUGAAGACACUGAUGAAUGCGAUAACGAGUACAAUGGAGACUGCGUCCACGAGUGUACAAACAUUCCCGGAAACUACCGCUGCACUUGCUACGAUGGCUUUGCAUUGGCACAUGAUGGGCAUAACUGCCUGGAUGUGGACGAGUGUAGGUCUAACAACGGAGGCUGUCAGCAGACAUGCAUUAACACCUUGGGCAGUUAUGAAUGCCGCUGUAAAGAUGGCUUCUUUCUGAGCGACAACCAGCACACGUGUAUACAUCGGUCAGAAGAAGGCCUGAGCUGCAUGAACAAGGAACAUGGAUGCGCUCACAUCUGCAGGGAGACCCCGAGAGGCGGCGUGGCAUGCGACUGCAGACCCGGAUUUGAGCUUGCAAGGAACCAGCGAGAUUGUAUCUUGACCUGUAAUCAUGGAAAUGGAGGAUGUCAGCAUACAUGUAAUGAUACCGACACCCGGCCGGUCUGCCUGUGCCACCCAAAGUACACGCUGCAAUCUGAUGGCAAAACCUGUGUUGAGAAAGAGGAAUCUGACAGCAAUUCUACAUCUGUGGCUGAGAUGGAUAAGAGGGUGAAGCGCAGGCUGGUCAUGGAAACGUGCGCUGUUAAUAACGGUGGGUGUGACCGGACGUGCCGGGACACAUCUACAGGGGUACGCUGCAGCUGUCCUGUCGGAUUUACCUUGCAGUUUGAUGGCAAGACGUGUAAAGAUGUGGAUGAAUGCCAGAGCAACAACGGAGGGUGUGAUCACUUCUGCAAAAACACUGUGGGCAGCUUCGAUUGCAGCUGCAAAAUGGGGUAUAAACUGCUGACAGACGAGAAGUCCUGCCAAGAUGUCGAUGAAUGCUCCUUUGAACGGACUUGCGAUCACACCUGCGUUAAUUACCCCGGAUCGUUUGCCUGCACCUGUGACCGGGGUUAUACUCUGUACGGAUUAACGCACUGUGGAGAUGUGAAUGAAUGCAGCAUCAACAACGGGGGCUGCGAAUACACCUGUGUGAAUACAGCGGGGGAUUAUUACUGCCAGUGUCCCCCCCGCUUCAAGUUACACUGGAACCGCAAGGACUGUGUGGAGGUGGAGAGCCUCAUGUUGGACUCUACGCCCCAAAAGGCUGUGCUACAAUGUAUAAAGAAUGGUGGAAGCGAGCGCUGCCUGAUAAACUGCCAGUCCCAUGUCUACAAUAUUCCUGGUCUGCAGGAUUCUUACACAGUCACCUGUGGCAAAACUAAACACGCCAGGGGCAAUGAAACGGUCUUUUCAGAUGCAGUGAAAGCGAGCGUCGCGUUCCGGAUGAAUGACGGCACGUGCAGAGUGAGGCGGACGGAGCCGCACCAGGGCCUCUCGCAGCAGAAGCUAUCAGAGAGACAGUCCCACGUCUAUGAAAGCCUUUCCUUCGUCAACAUAACGUGCAAGAGACGGCUGAGCGGACGCAAGACAUCUGCCAAGGAGACCCUUAUCACUGCUCACUUUGAGCUGGACAUAAACCAGAAGGAGGUGACAGAGACUUGCAGUCUCAGCUGUGUCCGUGGGAAAGCAGAAAAAAGGCUGCGCAAGACCAUCAGGACCCUGCGGAAAGCGAUUGGCAAGGACAACUUUCAUGUUCGACUAUCUGGCAAGGAUUUUGAGGUCUCAAAGAAAAUGCCUCGUUCGUCAGAAAACCAAGAGGCAUGCGGAACUGGACAAAUCCGCGUGGACAGUCGAUGCGCUAGCUGUCGUGCCGGAACGUACUACGACGAUGACAAGGAGCAGUGCGUCUUAUGUCCGCACGGAACGUUCCAGAGCGAGGAAGGGCAGAUAACGUGUGAAAUCUGCCCCGACAACCGGGACCACCCAAAGCACGCUGGCGCUCGAGACGUGUCUGAGUGUGGAGGCCUGUGUCCUCCAGGUGAAAUCUCCUCCGAUGGUUUUUGGCCCUGUGGUCCGUGUCCGCUCGGGACGUACCAGCCGGAAUCUGGGCGCACAUCUUGUAUUUCCUGUGGCGGAGGACUAACAACUAAACAGAGCGGCGCCUCGUCUUUCCACGACUGUGAAACUAGAGUUCAGUGUUCACCGGGACAUUCAUACAACGCGACGUCGCACAGAUGUAUUCGCUGCCCGGUGGGGACUUAUCAGCCGGAGUUUGGACAGAAUCAUUGUAUUUCUUGCCCGGUGAACACCAGCACUGACUUUGAUGGAUCAACUAACAUCACCCAGUGUAAAAACCGGCAGUGUGGGGGGGAGCUGGGGGAUUACUCCGGUUACAUCGAAUCUCCUAAUUACCCCGGAAAUUACCCAGCAAACACAGAGUGUACGUGGAACAUCACCCCACCCCCCAAGAGGCGGAUCCUUAUCGUGGUGCCGGAGAUCUUCCUACCAAUAGAAGACGAAUGUGGAGAUUACCUGGUGAUGAGGAAGAGCCCUUCUUCAAAUUCAGUGACAACAUAUGAGACUUGUCAGACCUACGAGCGUCCGAUCGCGUUCACCUCGCGGUCUAAGAAACUCUGGAUACAGUUCCGGUCUAACGAGAUGAACAGCGCCAAAGGCUUCCAGGUUCCAUAUGUGACAUAUGAUGAAGAUUAUCAGGAACUCAUAGAGGAUAUUGUCCGAGACGGGAGAUUAUACGCAUCGGAGAAUCACCAGGAGAUAUUAAAGGAUAAGAAGCUGAUUAAGGCGCUGUUUGAAGUCCUCGCGCACCCCCAGAACUACUUCAAGUACACAGCUCAGGAAUCCAGGGAAAUGUUCCCGAAAUCCUUCAUCAGACUACUGCGCGCCAAAGUCUCAAGAUUCCUGCGGCCUUAAAAAUAAUGUGUGACCGGGAGACACUGAACCAGGGUCUGAUCCCCGCUGCACCAUUAUACCUUAUAACGCUCCGGCCCGCGCUUCUUUAAACCUCCUGAGAGGAAAUGGACUGUUUGUGAAGCAUUUCUGGGCCGUAAUCGGAUGACACGUCUCAUACCCAUGAAGCGUCUUCUCCCCGGGGUCAAUCCUGACCAGAUUCGCUUCAUUCGCUGAUAUUGGUGACGCUUCAGAUUCAACCUAAACUAUGACAACGUCUCAAUGCAUCUUUCAAGUCUUCAGCAACAUCUGAGACGGCUGCGCUUGAUGGACUUUCCUUGUAGUAAUUACGCGUUUUAUGACCAAAGGAGUCAAAUCUGUCGCUGCUGGGCUUGUAGUGUCAAGUGGAGGCUGUAAAGCAUAUGGUCUGCAUCAUCAGGAGCAUGCAAGAAACGAGACACAGAAGUCGCAUUCAAUCCAGUGCCUGCGAUUCUCUAUGGGAUAAAGGAGACGAUGUCAUGAAUUCCAUGGAUUUGCUGGCAGCUUACUGACACUGAGCUGAAGCUUCAUAUUUUUUCUUUUUACCCUCAUUGGUGGACCAUGUUCUAGAAGUCCAUUUAUCACCUUGGACCAGACAAUUUCUAGGCCUAAAUGUCGCAAAAAAUAUUUGAUGAAGAAGAAUGUGCACAAAAAUGGCAAAUGGCCAGUGAGCUCUUCUCCAGGAGGUCAAGGACUUACAGUGCUGGACACUGAGAUGGACUGGUGGGGGGGACUGAGGUUUAUCACACUCUGCAGAGCAUUGCGCACUCUGCAGAGGAAGUCCUUCCAUGUAUUUGGCUGUAAAUGUUGUACAGAAUUUUUACUCACUAUAAAUAUACAUCGCACACUCUUUACAAGAGUCCGGACGGCCGUAGUUUAUUGGGAUAUUAAGAGGAUAUAUUUUUAGUUUUG